AUGAAUGCAGUUUUUUGGCUUGAAAAGAACAAACGAGCAUCCAUUGAUAUUUUCUUGAAAGCGGCAGGAUACCUGGAUUGUGCUGUACGUCAUGUACUUCCACAGUUGCCUUCUGAACUAAGGAGAAACCUACCAGUAGACUUAGCAGAAGGAGUUCUUCGAGCGCUUUGCUUACAAGCAUUAGGACAGGGUGUUGAUAUUCAACUUGGAAUGGCAAUUGAUAGCACAAAAGCCACUCUUGCAGUGAAACGAAGGCUUGCAUGUGAGAUGGUCAAAUAUUGGCAGCAGGCUCAAGAUAACAUAAUGAACCUUCCAUUAUCAAAGGGUUGGGGAGAAAAGCAUCGUCUUUUUGUGAAGUGGAAAUACAUCGAAGCAAAGGCUGGAGCAUAUUAUUAUCAUGGAUUAAUCCUUGAUGAGGGAAACACAGAAAAAUCUCAUGGAAUGGCUGUAGCUGCUCUGCAAGCAGCAGAUGAGUAUUUCAAAGAAAGUAAAAGGGCAUGCGAAGCAUUUAAUGCAGCUCCUCCCUUGUCAAGAAAUCCGCCACUUUGGGGAACCAUGAAGUAUCUAUCUGAGAAAAUUCCAAAAGAUACUUCAAGCAAAGUACGGAUAAACCGGGACCUUUACUCUCAUGAAAAAAUCAUGGAGACAGCACCAACACUGCCCGACUUUGCGUUGGCCUUGAAACCGGAUGAGUACCAACUUCCUCCAGUAGACGCCUCUUGGAAUCAAGAGCAUACCAAGGGACAGACUGGCUUCAACCAGCUCAGGAAUGAUAAAAGAUGA